AUGGUAGAUUUUAACAGACGAUCAUUUUGGAAUUUUACAUUAAAAGAUAUAUUAAGUAUUAUAUCUUCAGUUGCUAUACCCAUAGCUCUUGCUAUUUAUACUGCAAUUGGGUCUCAACAACAAAAACAACAAGCUGAAAAAAAACAAAAGUUUGAUUUUGAACAAUCAACACAAUUACGACAGCAAACACUUUAUGAUGAAUUUUUAAAUAAUAUUUAUAACUUAGAUAAAGAUGGUUAUCUCAACGAUACAAAAAAUCCAUGGGCAUUUGCAAAUGCAUAUUAUCGUGCUGCUCAUCGUCAAUGGGAUCCAAUACGUAAAGCAGAUGUUAUACAAUUUUUUAAAGAAAAACAAUUAAUUGGUAGAAAUAAUUGUACUAAUGGAUGUAGAACAACGAAUCUAGAUGAUAUAAUCCGUUUAAAUGAGUUAAACUUUGAUAAUGUACAUUUAGCAAGUGAAACUGGUGUAUUAAAUAAGUUGAAUUUACAAUGUGUUUCUUUUGAUCAAGUAUCAAUGUCAAAUGCGGAGUUUUCAUUUGCUAGUUUAAAUGGUGUAUCAUUUGAUGGAGGCCGAUUAGACAAGGUGAAAUUUGAUGGUUCAUCUUUACUUUGUGCUAGUUUUAAUGGCGUAAAUCUGUCGGGUGCAGAUUUCGGAAACUCAGAUUUGACAGGUGCACACUUUUCAAACAGUGAUUUGUCAGGAGCUAAAAUAACGGAAGGUCAAAUAAAACAGGCAACUUUUCAUAAUGUAACUAUGCCAAAUGGGGUGAAGAGUGAAACUACAUCACCAACGACAACAAAAAAAUCUAUAACUCAAACAACAGCAAUAAUGAAAGCAAAAAUGUCGACAACAUCAUUAUCACCAACAACAAAAACAACAACGCCAUCAACAACAACAACAACAACAACAACAUCAUCAUCUACAAUAGAAUCAACAACAUCAUCAUUCACAACAGAAGCAACACCAUCAUCAUCAAGUGAAGCAACAUCAUCAAUCGCUUGUAAUAGUACAUUUCUUAAUCAAACUACUUACCCAGUUGGUUCAGCACCAUUUUCAGUAGCAGUAGCCGAUGUGAACAAUGACAAUAAACCUGAUAUUGUUACUGCAAACAGCGGUUCAAACACCAUCAGUGUUCUUCUUAAUACAGGCAACGGCAAUUUCUCUUCUGAAACUAUUUACUCAGUUGGUGUGGAUCCACGAUCAGUAGGAGUAGCCGAUAUGAACAGCGACAAUAAAUCCGAUAUUGUCACUGCAAAUUUCGGUUCAGAAACUAUCAGUGUACUCCUUAACACAGGCAACGGCACUUUUUCUCCUCAAACUACAUACCCAGUUAAAGAACCUUCACAACCAGUAGCAGUAGUCGAUGUGAACAACGACAAUAAACCCGAUAUUGUCCUCGGAGCCAAUCAUUGGCUCAGGGCCAUCAGUGUUCUUCUCAACACAGGCAGUGGCACUUUUUCUCAUGAAAAUGUGUACAGUCUUGAUAGAAAUUCAUUAUCAGGAGCAGUAGCAAUAGCAGUUGCCGAUCUGAACAACGACAGCAAACCUGAUACUGUCGCUGCAAAUUUCGAAUCAGGCGCCAUUAGUGUUCUUCACAACGAAGGCAACGGCAGUUUUCUUUUUGAUACUAUUUACUCAGUUGGUAUAGGUGCAGUGUCAUUAGCAGUAGCCGAUGUAAACAACGACAACCAACCUGAUAUUAUUAUCGCAAAUAACGUUUCAAACACCGUCUGCGUUCUUCUCAACAUAGGCAACGGCACUUUUUCUCGUCAAACUAAUUACUCAGUUGGGCAAGGUCCAGUAUCAGUAGCAGUAGCCGACCUGAACAACGACAAUAAACCCGAUAUUGUCACUGCAAAUACGAAUUCGAACACCAGCAGUGUUCUUCUCAACACAGGCAACGGUACCUUUUCUCCUCAAACUAGUUACGCAGUUGGCGCAGCUCCAAAGUCAGUAGCAGUAGCCGAUGUGAACAACGACAAUAAACCCGAUAUUAUUGUCGCAAACCUGAAUGAAAACACUGUUACUGUUCUCCUACAGUCUUAA